GUCAGUCUGUCAGUCUGUCAGUUCCGUCGGGCAAGUCCCCGGUCCCCGAUAGUCGCCGCAAUGUUGGAUUCUUGUUCUCCGUCUCCAUUCCCGCGGACUUGACCGAUUGGAUAGGCUGGGAUUAUGCUCUGGAGAUCUCCACGGAUGGGCUCAUUGGGAGAUCGGAUCCCCGCACGGCGCAAUGAUGUCGCUAAUUAGCUUUGCGACACCGGACUGGCAAAUUAAACCUGCCCUGCACGUGCGAUUCCGGUUAUAGUCCUGAUGAACAAGGUUAACCAUGACUGCGCAGAACCAAGCUUAUCCUGUUCCUUGGGUCAAGGGCUCAUGCGUUUCUCGUUUCUAUACUCGCCUCUCUAGUAUAUAAGCAGGGAUAUGGGAGACAUUGAACAUUCAUCAGUCCCGACUGGGUGUGUUCCAUCUGUCUUCUCUCUCAAGCCAACAUGAAGCCCUCUUCCUGGCUUCAUACCACGGUCGUUGGACAGGCAGUGCAGUAUUGCAUGUCUCGUCCCGAUUCGCCACCGGCCGAAGAUGAUAUUAGCAUCGAGUAUGCCAAAGAAGAGUCAAGCUCCGAGGACAUCACUGUGGUGGAUUGGGAUGGCCCUGAUGAUCCAGAGAAUCCUCAAAAUUGGCCGUCCUUAUAUAAGGCAUGGGUGACAGCCUUGAUAUCGGUCUACUCCUUUGUGGUAUACUGCGGCUCCUCCAUCGUCGUUCCCAGUUACGAAGGCAUCGUAAUGCAGUUCGGGACAUCGCACCACGUUGUAUCCCUCGUGCUCGCCCUCUACGUAAUCGGAUACGGAGCAGGUCCAUUAAUCUUCUCCCCAAUAAGCGAGGUCGCCUCCAUCGGCCGCAACCCACCCUACAUCAUCUCCUUCACGAUUUUUCUCAUCAUCUCCGUCGUCCUAUCUACAAUCAACAACUUCCCUGUCAUCGUCGUGCUCCGCUUCUUCCAAGGCUUCUUCGGCAGCCCUUGCCUCGCCACUGGCGGCGCCUCCAUCCAGGACAUCUACUCCUGGAACUCAGUCCCCUACGCCUUCAUCGCUUGGGUCAGCUGCAUCUACUGCGGCCCAGCCCUCGGGCCUCUCUUCGCCAGCAAAAUCGUCGACACCCGCUCCUGGCACUGGCCCUUCUGGGAGAUCGCCAUGAUGGCCGCCCCCAUCUGCAUCCUCAUGGUCUUCCUCCUCCCCGAAACCUACGGCGAGACUAUCCUGCUACACCGCGCCCGUCGCCUCCGCCGCCAAUCCACAAACUCUCACAACAAACGCACCAUCCUCGCCCCCAGCGAGCUCAAACCCAUCCCCUUCACCACGCACCUUCGCGAAACCCUCUCCCGCCCCAUCGAGAUCUGCAUCAAAGACCCCGCCAUCGGCUUCACCUGCUUCUACACCUCCUUCAUCUACGCCAUCUACUACUCCUUCUUCGAGGCCUUCAACCUCGUCUACAUGAACACCUACCACAUGUCCCUCUUCUCCUUCAGCCUUAUCUUCGUCUCCAUCGUCAUCGGCUGCGUCAUCGCCGCCGUCCUCUACGCUGCCUACCUCUUCCGCCGGCCCACCUCGCAGCAGGCCCUCGUCGACUCCAACAACCUCGAGGCGUGCCUCUUCCCCGCCCUCCCCGCCGUCUGCUUCACGCCCAUCGGCCUGUUCCUGUUCGCCUGGACCGCCCGCGAGUCCAUCCACUGGAUCGUCCCCACCAUCGGCAUCGCCCUCUAUGCCGGCGGCACCUUCGUCACCUUCCAGGGCAUCCUGGUCUACCUGCCGCCGUCGUAUCCGCAGUACGUGGCGUCGUUGCUGGCGGGGAAUGACUUUGCGAGGUCGGCGACGGCCGCGGUGUUUAUCAUGGUGACGCCGUAUAUGUAUGAGGAUCUGGGGAUUAGUAAAGGGGUGACGAUUUUGGCGGCGAUCUCGACACUCGGCAUUUUGGGUAUGUUUGUUAUUUGGAAAUAUGGGGCGCGCAUGAGGGCGAGGAGUCGGUUUGCAGGGUGAUUUGAUUUGGAAUCUAUGGUUUCUUCUUCUGAUUCGGUUUGGUCCGCUUUGGCG